AUGCAUGAUAUUUAUAGAAAUAUACCACUUAAUAGUAAUAACAAUUCAAAAUACAAGAAAAUAAAUGCAGGUAUUAGAUUAGACAAAAGUUUGUAUAAUAAGGGAAAAAAUGUAAGCUAUCACAACCUUCAUAAUUAUGAAUUCAACCCAGUUGCUAUUUUGUAUCAAGCUCUUCAACCUCCUAUAAUUGAUGGAAUUCGGAAGCCAUUAAAACCUGGAGGUUAUAGUGAUAGCGGAGCUGAUAUUGCCUAUUCUUUGAGAUCCAACAACAUUCCUAUAGUUACCCCUGUUGAUAAUCCUAGCCCAACUUCUGAUUUGGAUUGGGUUUUUCCUGACACAGAAGAAGGAAUAAGUACAGCCAUUUCAAAAGGUGCAAAGACGAUUUGGGCAAAUACUAUUCUCUUCAAUACUAAUCCAUUGAAUUGCAUGAGCUUUAGAGAAGAUAUUAAGCUUGUUGGCCAUCUUCCAUCAAGUGUAGAUAAAUAUGAUAACAAAUGGUAUGCUAAUGAAUUAAUCAAAGCAAUGGAAUUUUGUCAAGGUGUUAAAAAUGUUGAUUCUAUUGAGCAAAUGAAAGAGCAUGCGGAAAAGCUUCUGUCCAACAGAACUGUGAUUGACGGUCAAUAUUGCUUUGAGUAUGGUGAUACUUUAAUUCUUGAAGAAUAUUUGGAAGGAGAAGAGAUAACAGCUACCAUUAUGCCUCCUGGAAUAUAUGCUAUUAAUUUUAAAAAUGGUACCCUUAAUAAAUAUUGGCACUUACCACUAGUAAAGAGAUUUAAUCACAAUAAUGGUAUUGCUCCAUAUAGCGGAGUUGUUGCUGUAGUUGAGAAUAGCACACUUAUUAGCAAUGAGGAAGCACAAAAUCCAAUAUAUAAACAAGUCGCUCAAGAUUGUGAAAAGGCUGCACAAAUUAUGAGACCAUUAGCACCAAUCCGUAUAGACUGCCGUAGAAUAGCACCAGAAAAAACAUUUGCUUUGCUUGAUAUAAAUAUGAAACCCAAUAUGUCAGGACCUGGCCGUCCUGGACGCAAUAUGCAAAGUAGCUUAAGCUGUAAAGCUGCAAAUGGUAUAGGAUGGAACUAUCCAGACCUUCUUAAGGCUAUGUUACGCCAAGCAUGGCUGAUUAAGAAAUUUAUUAGGUACUGUACAGUAAUUUUUUUCAUCAUUACUAUUGAAAAUAUUUGUGAAUUUAUUGACUUAGAUAUUGUUGAAAAUAUAGAUAGGCACUUUUAUAGAUAA